UUCUAUGUAGCUUCAUAAUCCGUUAACAAAAUUCCAAAUUCAGAAUGUACGUCACCUGCCCCGAAGUUCCGCCGAUCGUUGAGCUGGGCAUGCUGAUGAAGAAGCACAGGAUCAUACCAGACGUCGUCACCUGCAGGCCCGAGUAUGUCAUCAAGGUAUCGUAUUGUUGCGAUGUCUCAGUCUCGCCUGGCUGCCAUCUGACGCCGUAUGAAGUGCGAUUAGAGCCCAUCAUUCGCUGGAUGUCCGAUCCAUGCAAGUUCUACACGCUGGCCAUGGUCGAUCCGGAUGCACCAAGCCGUGCCAAGCCCAUCUAUCGCGAAUGGCUGCAUUGGCUCGUCGGCAAUAUACCCGGCUGCAAUGUGGCCCUUGGCCAGAAGCUGGUGGACUAUAGGGGCAGUCGUCCGCCCCCAGAGACGGGCCAACAUCGUUACGUAUUCGUGGCCUUCAAGCAGCUCUGCGAACUGGACUUUGACGAAACUUGCAUAUCGCAGGAUACCAUCGAGGGCAGGCCGUGCUUCAGCCUCCGGCGAUUUGCCAAAAAGUAUGCCCUAGGCAAUCCCAUAGCACUCAAUUUUUUCAUUGCCAAUUUUGAAAAUGAUUUGGAUUGAGUUUGUUUAUUACUUUAUUACUGUGUUUGCAAAGGUGACAAUAAAAACCGGAUUUAUAUGAAACGUU